CUCUGCCGUUGGUGCGAGGAUGGCCAGCAAGACAGCCUCGACGUCGAGCCUGACCCUCGAUGCUGCAGUCUGGAACAAGUUCAGGCCUUCCAAGCUGCACAGGAACAUCGUCUCCGGCAAAUCCUUCACGUCUCUGUGCUUCGACGAUCAUGGAGACCAUCUCAUUACGAGCUCGGACGAUGAGACGAUGCAGCUGUACGACUGCCGUACGGGAACACAUACCAAACCGUUCUUGUCGCAAAAGUAUGGCGUUCAUCUUGCCAGGUUCACGCACAAGAGCACGACGGUCAUCCAUGCUUCGACGAAGCAGGACGACACCAUUAGAUAUCUCUCGUUGCACGACAACACCUACUUGCGUUACUUUCGCGGCCACAAAAAGAGGGUGACCUCGCUCGAGAUGUCGCCCAAGGAAGAUAUCUUUCUGUCGGGUAGCGACGACGAUACCGUACGAUUAUGGGACUUGCGCACGAAUCAUUGCCAGGGCGCGUUGACGAUCGCCGGCAAGCCCAACGUCGCUUGGGAUCCCAAGGGCGAAGUCUUUGCCGUUGCACUCAAUAUGCGCGCCAGCAUACUGCUCUACGAUCGCAAGAAAUUCGAUGCAGAUCCCUUCCUGACGAUAGAGAUCAACGAUCCAAUCUUGCACCGAUCGUCCCCAGUGCCUGUCAAGCCUAUACUGACCUCUGCCCACUUUUCCAACGAUGGCGAGUACAUCCUCGUCGGUACCAGCGGCACUACGCACUAUAUCCACAACAGCUUCUCUGGCCAGAUGCUCGCACGACUCGAAGGUCACACCGGCCUCGAGGGCUUCGGAGCAACUCAUCCAGACUCACCGCCGCGGGUUGGCAUCAGUGGUUGUGAGGUGGGCUGGUCACCAGAUGCCAAAUUCGUCGUCUCCGGCUCGGCGAAUGGUAAUAUCUACGUCUGGGACAUCCAAGCUGCAAAUCUACAAGAAUCGCAAGACGACCCCAAUGUCGAUUUUGGGGGCAACAUCGCGAGGAAAGGCACAGAGAGGACUCUGCAGCCUUGCGCUGUGUUGCAAGGCUACCCGACGAACGGCUCAAGCCUAUCUGCUACGCGCUGCGUUGCGUUCAACCCACGCAAGGCUAUGUUAGCUUCGGCUAACGAUGCUCUCACAUUCUGGCUGCCGGAGCGAGAGCGAGAUCUCAACGCCAUAAUGCAAUGAGAGUGUGGUUGCUAUCUCAGACGGCGACGCUUGAGGCGUUCUUGCGCUAGCUGAUUGCCGAAUACAAAGUAUGUGAGCACGUCGAGAUCGCCCAAGGGAUCAGUGUCGUCUCGGAGAGCACUCUUCGAGCUCGCCGG